AUGACAAGAUGGAGAGGCGUGCUGCGAGCCUGGAUGCUCGCAGCGGCACUCUCAUCAACCAUUUCGACGACAUUGGCCAUGUCUGUCCCACCAAGCCAGAUCUUCGCUAGAGACAGCACGUGUGGCGACACUUCCUAUUCCCAAUGUCCGCAGGCCGGACUGCCGGACAACUUUUGCUGCAAGCCCGGCACGUCGUGCAUUGCCCUGGCCGGCAAUACCACCAUUGUGUGCUGCCCGGACGGCGACGACUGCAGCGUCAUUGCUUCCAUCGUGUGUGACGUUCAGCUCCAGAACGCUACCAGCGCCCCCGAUGCCGUCGUCAAGACCACGGCACUGACUAGCAAGCUGCCCACUUGUGGAUCCAUGUGCUGUCCCUUUGGUUACACAUGCGACGCAGAUAACAACUGCGCCAAAGAUGAAGAUCAAAGUCAGAUGCCCGAGGGCGCAGGAGAUGCCAGCUCAACGGCAUCGGCGACAGGCACUACUGCAGCCAGUACAGGACAUGCAUCGACGGCAGCACCGACCGCUACGGCAACAGACUCGGCCGCGGCUGGGGCUCACACGACCGGUGCCGCUUCCCAAGGUAGCUCGAGCGAUGCGAGCGAUACUGCCGCCAAGGAGCAUGCCGAGGGUGCCAACGUGUCGGCCAUCGUGGGCGGAGUGGUCGGCGGCGUUGUCUUUCUGGUCGCCGCCAUCAUCGGUGCCGUCUAUCUCGUGUAUCGGCGACGCAAGCAGCAGGAGUCGAAGCGUGCAUCUGAUCAAUCAUUCAUUUCCAGAAACGCCAGAGGCAUGAUUUCAAACCCGAUUCCCCAGGAUGGCUUCACCUACGGUCGGUCCGACUUCAUAUCCAGGUCGAACCCUUCCACCCGCACAGCACCAUCUCAGCAGACGCCGGACGUUUACAAUGGGGCCAAGUCGUUCCAGAGUCGGGAUUCCAUCAGCAGCUACAGCAGCAGCCCGGGCCAUCAUGACGGCAGCCAGUUUGACGGGCGCAGCUACCACCCUUCUGCCAUAAUAGACUCGCUCAAGGUCGAGUCAGAAGCCGACAAGGCGCGGGCGCAACCCAGCCAUCUCGAGAGGGUGUCGGAGGAUCAAGGCAAUUUCGAGACCAUUGACAUUUCCUUCAAUGACACACUCGCCGUGCCCGACUUUGAUGUCGGCCGAAGGUCGCGCGACACGACCUUGACGCAAUGGCCAGGCGCUCGCCCGGGCACCAGCGACCGCAGAUAG